AUGGAAAAUCUUCCAUCUUGCUAGACUCACAGUCGCUAAAUUUUAAAUUUUCUUAGAAGUGAUAAUUCAGAAUUAAUUUGCGGUUCUUGUCUUCUGGAAUUAGUGAAAACAUAAAAGAAUUUUUAAGCUCAUUAAAUCAUAGAUCUAGAAUAAGUAAUUUAUAUUUAUAUGAGAUACAUGAUCAUCCUGAGUAAGUAUUUUAAUUCACUAACAUACUCAAAUUUGUACCAAUAGAAGAAUCUUAGAUUAAUAAAUUUUUUGAAGAUUAAAAAAGAUAGUUGAAUGUAGUAAAAUAAAAAAUUGAAUAAAUAAUUAAUGAAUAAUAAUGGACUACUAAUUUUCGUAAUGUAUUUCAAAUUAGUGAUAUUAGAUUAUUAAAUAUGAUGAAUUCAAAUCUAUUUUAUAAAGUCUUUAGAAUUUAAAUAGAAAUAGUUAGGCUGAGGGAAUCCAAUAGGCCCAAAAGAAAUUUCAAACUUACUUCAAUCAAAUAAGGGGAAUAGAUUUCGGAAUUAACUAAGCAGAACUUUUAAAUUUACGAGAACUUCUUAAGUACACCUAGAAAAAGUAUAAAUAAAAAUAUAUAUAGAUUACAUUCAAAUGGAUAAUAUUAAGAAAUAUUUAAUUCAUUAGCAAAAGCACAUGACAAUCACAAGGUAUUUUUCAAAUUUGGAGAGAGUGAAUUUUUUUUUGAUUUGAUGAGAAUGAUAUAGGACAGAGUUAAGAAAAAUUUAAUAGCAAAUAAAACCAUAUAUCAUAGUUUGGAGAAUGGACUAAAUUAUUAAUUAAUAAAAAACACGGUUAUUGGGAAGGAAAAUUUGCUUUGGUACUUUAAAUCAUCAAACAAUAAUGGUUAGAUGUUUGGUGGAUUUACACCAUAUCAGUGGUAAAUAGGUUAUUCUGGUAACUGUGAUUCAAAUCCUUCUUUUUUAUUUUCAUAAACUUUGAAGUAAUUUUAUCCAAUAAAAGAAUAAAUGGGAUCUUAUACAUAAUAUAUUUCAGAUGAAUUUAUAUUAUUCGGAGGCUCUAAUUCAGGUAAUUAAGACUUAAGUAUAAACUCUAAUUUUAAAUCGGGAUACUCAAAAUUGGGUAUUGGAUAUGAAGCUCCUGAUGGAGUUGAUACAACGAAAUUUUCAACUCAUCUAACUGGGGCUUUAGAACCGAAUGUUGAGGAAUGUGAAAUAUAGCAAAUGAUUUUUGAAUGAGAGACAGUUU